GCUCGUCAUGAGGACAUCAUUUCCACGUUCCUCUCCUUACCGUGUAAACACUUGACUUAUCUUUCGUGAAUCCUUCAAGAACCUAGGAGAGGGGAAGAGCGACGAAAUAGCUACGUAUUCAUUUUAGUUGUUCCCUUCUUCGGAAAAUAUCUACGUUACUCUGCGGUCAUGGCGGCCAGCGUCCCUGCCUCGUCUCGGUCUGCUGGAAACCAGAAAACACCAGGAUCAUUCUGUCUUGGGAGGCAUACCCUUCGUAUUCCUAUGGAACUUCAUGCUUUGAACAGAAAGAGGCUGUGUGAACGACUCAGAGAGAAAGUCCCUGAAAAUGCUGUUGUAUUGCUGAUGGGUGGAGAAAGUUGCUCUCGUGAUUCCUCUGAUGUUUUCCCUGUGUUCAGGCAGGAGUCUUACUUUCAUUGGGCUUUUGGAGUCUUGGAGCCUGAUUGCUAUGGUGCCAUUGAAGUGUCAACUGGGAAGGCAACAUUAUUCUUCCCCAAGCUCCAUGAAUCAUUUGCUAUCUGGGAUGGGAGGAUCAAGCCAAUGGAAGAAUUUCGCACUCACUAUGAAGUGGAUGGAGCCCUUCAAGUGCAUGAGCUGCCUGAUUUCAUGACGAAGUUGAAUCCAGCAGUCAUCCUCACAUUGGUAAGUCGUGUCAUCAAGACUUCACAGGAGUUGAGGGUGCUGCGCUAUGCAGCACGGGUGUCCACCAAUGCCCACAUAGAGGUGAUGAAACGUGCUCGACCUGGGAUGAAGGAAUACCAAUUGGAGGCCCUCUUCAUGUAUAACUGCUACUACUUUGGUGGCUGUAGACAUGUUGCGUAUACAUGCAUCUGUGGAACUGGGUCAAAUGCAGCCAUUCUUCAUUAUGGCGGAGCUCAUGCUCCAAACGAUCGCUCUGUCAAUGAUGGGGACAUU